GUUCUGAUUUCGCUUUCGAGAACACAGGAUGAGAAAGGCGAUAUUACUGGUGAUUAUGGAAGUAGUGUUCAUGGGUGAAAGCUUUGCAGGACACAAAAAGGAUGAUGACUUGCAAGGAACGCAGAGUGAUAAGGUUUUUUAUCAAUACAUAGACCCUGUUUUGAAAUAUUCUCACAUUUCUACGGACCAACAAGAUGAUCGUGUUUACAAAACGUACUCACCUCCACAUCUUCCAUUGAUGCCACAAACUUCAACAGUGGACCUGCAACACUUGGUCGAUAAGAACCCUCUUGCUGCUUCACUUCUCUUGAGCUCCAUGCUCCACUUACCUUCCAUGUAUGCACUAGCCAAUCAUCCAGAGUUGCUCCCAAUCAACCCUUAUAUAGCUCUUCUGCUGUCUCAAUAUGGAAGAUAUCUACCCCAACACGGGGCCAGCAAAGGAUUAUAUGGAUACCAGGCAGCCAAUAAUUACCACAACAACAAACCGUUCGGGUCAUAUAAAAUCUAUGACGACAGCGAGUGAAUAUGAUGAAGACAUUGGAAUAGGGAUGUUGUGACUCAGUGGGAAUCAUGUGAGUCUUCAUGAAAUGGAGAUUUUUGUUUGUACUUAUUUUUUUACUUUUGUAAUAUAAAUAUUCUAUCUGUCAUUUUCAUUAUGAGUGACUUUGUUUGGAUAAUUUUGUAUAAAAUUAAUUUUUUUCAUAA